AUAAGACCAACAGAAGAACAUCUCGGACAUAAUAUUAUAAAUAAUUAAAUUUCUACGUUCAUUAAGUGUAUUUAAAAAGAGUUCAAGAUUAAACAAUAGUAAAAGACUUUUUGAGCUUAAAAAUGGACGAAAUUGAAGAGCAUUUUACCAGAUCCGCACUUGAAAUUUUGCAAUUAUUCGUUGACAGAUUGGAUGAUUUGCCGAAUUUGUCAACUGAAUAUAUUAGAAAUGAAAUUCAAUCUAGACUUAGAAUUUUUCAUGAACGUUUUGAACGAGGUAUGACUGCUUUAGCAAAUUCUGAUAAUAUCUAUGAGAAUGACAUGAUGAUUGAGGCUUUUUUCAUAUAUAUGGAUGUAUAUUGGCAGGUUGAAAAUUGUUUACUGGAACGCCAAGGACUUCCUACCGAACCUAUACCUGACACCAAACUUAGACGAUGAAUUUAUGAAAUUGAUCCUCAAACAAGCUUGAUUCAACCAAAUACAGAAGCUUAAAUAAUGUACCUUGACUUAAUAUCCGAUUAUGACUAAUUUUUAAAUAAAUGCAAUUUGCUCAUGACCAUAUGCGCUUACAGCAUGCAAAUAUCUAACAAUCG